UUUACACUGGCCAAUCACAACACGGUGCGAGAAAGGGGGAGCCAGCAGGCGCGUAGUGUAUAAAACUGUACGUCGCUGUCACAGCACUGUAGCUCUGUGCAGGACAGCGUUAGGGAGACCUCAUAGGGAGACACCCAUCAUCUACUUCUACUCAAACGUCACGUCGAGUCUUGUUGUUGUUGUGUUCUUCUUUUGCUUCUGUUUUCAUCAUGAAAGCCAUCAGUCCCGUCCGCUCGGUGAGGAGCUGCUACAAGGCCGUGUGCUGCAUCUCGGAGCAGAGUCUCGCCAUCAGCCGGAAUAAACACUCGUGUCUGGAGGAGCCGGUGAGCGCCCUGUGUGACAUGAACGACUGUUACUCCAAGCUGAAAGAGCUGGUCCCCAGCAUCCCGCAAAAUAAGUCGGUCAGCCAGGUGGAGAUCUUGCAACACGUUAUCGACUACAUCUUCGACCUGCAGAUCGCGCUGGAGGCGGAGGACACGGCCGCGCCGGAGAUGGUUUUGUCAAUAAAGACUGCAGACCUUACUCGCAAUUUCUCCAAAGAAGAAGGACGGUUGUGCCAUUAGGAUAAGGAUAACUGAUUAUGGUGCAGGGAAACACAUGUCUCCACUUCACUCCGGGCAAGAGGACAAGAGGGGCAGAAAGGGUGGGAUAGGUAUUUGGGAGAGGAGGAGAAGACGGAGGAGGAGGGAGGAGGUGGAGGGUUUAAAGAAAAGAGAGAAAAGACAUAAAAAAGUGGACUGUUUCCUAGAUGAGCGGGGAUCAACAGUGCAUGAGCACAAAAAAGAGACUCAUUCUUUGGCCCCUGGACAGACAAAUCAACACACCAAAGCAGACGCCAGGAUUGGAAACUGAAAGCGACCAGCUCUGUAUACCCUCCUCCCUAAACUUGGGAUUCCCUGUAUUUAGAAGUAGAAAUAUUGGUACAUUGUUCUUUUUCUUUUCCAUGUUUGUGUUGCAUUCCAAACAAGCUUUUUUUGUGGGUUAAACUCCACAAUAUAUAGCUACACCCAACCUGAACCCUUUCUAUACCAAGUCUCACAUCAUCUCACACAAUUACGCCUGCAUUAUACCCCCCUAGUAAUUUGUUUUCUAAUGAUCUGGAGACUGUUACAACUUCAUACGAAUGUGUACAUAUCUGCUGUGGGUAUAUGUGAGGUGCGAGUUGAUUUGGAUGUUUGUAUUUUUUUCUGAAUGGGAGUUUGGGUUUUCUUAGGUAUAAUCAGAACUCUAUACUAGAGUUAAUUGUAAAUGUUUGUAGGGAUUGUGUUAUUUCUACAGACAAUGUGCUGUGAGUUUCAUAAACUCUUUAUUAUAAAGUUUGCUUUCUAUGUAUGUAUGUUCUUAUGUAAUGAAAUAAAAAAAGAUAUGAAACAUG